GGACGAACAUGGAGAUGAGAGGCGUAGCGUGAGUUUGCGGUGGUUAUCAGCGAAACAUUUUGCUCUUUAGAAUCUGUUUCUUUGUGCUGCCACCCACAGCCGCCCGCAUGCAGCCCCACCCCUGCUCCUCUUCUGCCCGACUCCCUCAGGAUAUUUUUAGAGCCGAUGAUGUGCCCUGUCAAAUCGCGUAACGGAAACAACCCCAGAGCUACGGAACAGAGCUGCUGUGGAGAGGCCCGUUUUAUUGUGAUCUGCAGGAGGGGAAGCCUGCCGCUGCCGAUGAGAUGAAAUUUGAAAUGAAUUUGGUGUUUUGCGUGUUGAUUGUGCUUACCGGCUCAUCGCAGACUAGAGGUCAGAGGAGUACUCUGCCCCCUCUCCUCACACCAGCCGCCUUCCUCAGUCAUCCUGGAACCUCAGCAUCUUCUAACCUGACAGUGGAUCCUGGGAAUGAGUUCUCAGAGAGCACACAUAAUCCUGCAGGCAGGAAUGAAUCCUCAGCUGAAGCCACAGCCCUCACUGAGACUGGAGGAACAGUCCGUUCAGAGACUCUGACAGAUGCAGUGCUUAAAACCCACUUCUCUACAGCAAGCCUUGCAGCACCUACAUCUCAGCACACAGACCUUGGCACUCUAACUCCUUCAGCUGCUGCAGGGAGCCUUUCAUCAGCGCCGACUGUUCAGAGCACCACCCCUCGACACCCUGCAACUACUGAAGGCAAAGCCCCCCUGACCAGCCAUUCCCUCCCCACCGUUUCAUCUCAGCCAGCCCACACAGUACACAACACAAGCUUCACAGAGUCCACCUCCACCACGCGGCCACACUCUGAAUCUCUGAACACAACCACCACAUCUCCAGGUGGGGCCCUUAAUGGCCCAAUGCACGAGAAAGUCCCACCUGAACUUAAUGUCGGGGAUGAAGAUCUCAAGGGGCCGCGGCACCGUUCCAACUCCCCUCUAGACCCUCUGUUGGCUGGUCUGCUGUCAGUGUUUAUUGUCACCACAGCUAUUGUCUUCGUCGUCCUCUUCCUCAAGUUCCGCCAGCGGAAUAACCACCCGGAGUUCCAUCGUCUCCAGGACCUGCCCAUGGAUGAUUUGAUGGAAGACACACCACUCUCCAGGUACACCUACUGAUACAAGCUCCUGUUCUGUCACUUCCACCUCUCAGAGAACGGGAGCAAAUCUAACACCAAAGCAGGACCACUUUGGAUGUGAGCAAAACUUUUCCCUGGAGGCAGAAGCAUCUCUUCUGACGAGUUUCUUUUUGUGACUGAGAGCUUAGUGUUGGUGAUUAAAAAAAAAAAAAAGUUAAAUCAAGGAUUCUUAAUGUUUUAAGUGGGAGGUUUCAGAGUCACUUCAAAUUUCUUCCACAUUCCUUCUAAAGUUUUGGAGACCUUCAGUGUGGUAGGAACUUUUUUUUUCCUCCUCUCCCCCCUCUGAGGGAAAUCAACAGCACCUCUGCACCCCUGAAGUAUGCACAGCACUUUAAUGUGACAAUUAGUUACACUGCCCUCUAGGGGACACCUGAGGUAAUGUGGCUCAAGGUCACAUGAAGUCCUCCAUUACACUAUGAAUAGAAUGCCUUUAUUUGUCAUUAUAUGGAAUGUACAGUGAGAUUGGACUAGACAACCUCAGGUUAUCUGUCAGUAAUUAUGACAGUAAGGCACAAUGAAGGCUCGUGGGAAAGCUGCUCAAAACAAUUAUGAUCCUUUGGUGACCAAAUAUUAGUGAAGUGCACUUUCAAACCAAAAUGCCCAGUUGCACCAUAGACUGUAUAGUCUAUGGGUUGCACGUGAAGCUAAGGUCUUGCAGAAAGUCUACAUAAAAAUUAAACAGAUUUUACGAUUCAAAAGCCAUAUGUUUAGAAAAACAGACACCAGCUCUGUUACGGUGGAAGCCACUUAUUUUUUUUUUCCCCCCCCAAAUUGUAAUUUAGCCUAAAUUACAAAUACAGAUAUUUACUGUUGCAGCUGUUAAUGUGCAGAUGUGUUAUAAAAGUUGUGGUCCGAUGGUAUAGAAAUCUUGAAUGUGGUGGUCACUUUUCCUUAAUGAAUGUUUAUUCUGCCAGUGUUUACUGAGAAAAUACCCGGCUAAGCUAAAAUAAUUACUUCAAUAUCUGUAAAUUGUAAAACUCACUAUAGGUGUUGUUCACACCCACAUGCUUAAAAUUGAGACAAUAAAGAGCAGCACCGAAGGUGUUUUAAAGGUUCUGUGUUGGUUGGAAUCACUAAAGCUCUAUGCUUAGUGGGCAUUAUCAGCAGUAGUAGGUGUGCGAGCUUUUAUGCAGUGUCAUUGUUAGCUGUAUAAAU